ACCAAUGACACACAAACACACACCCUGUCUCACACACACACACACACACACAAGUGAACUUCAUAGUGUACAGAGCGAGAAAAGGAGUAGUUUGUGGCUCGAGCGCUGUGUUUGGCGUGCGCCGUGACGUCACCGCGUCUCGGUUUUUUGUGGAGGCGGAGCUUUGCGUCUGUAUUUGGGUGGGUGACGUGACAUGGCAGUUUUGCUGUCUUCAGUGUCAAACAUGUAUGAAUACAAAAUAUAUUUGCCAAAAACCUUCUCAAUAUUGGGCAGAACAUUAUGCUUUAUGUGAAAAUAUUCAACAUUAAAACAGUUCAUAACUAAUUUUUUCAGAAUUUUCAACCAAACAUAACAAAACUCAUAUGGUGAGAACUUGAAUAAAAAAAUAAAAUAAAAAAAAAUGCAAAAUUUCUCAAAAAAAUACAGAAAAAUAAUACAGAUGUCUAUUUGUGAGCCUACUCUUUUCAAAGUCCAAGCAUAAUGUUUUGAGUCAGUUCUUAUCAAAAAGAUUUUGUCACACAAAUCAAAAUCAUAUGGUGUGACACUAUUUUGGGAUAUUUGAACGGGCAACUGUUUUGACACCCUUGGGAAGGAGAGGACCUUCUUCAGCAAUGUUGUACAGAACUAGCAGUGUAUUUCUACUGUUCAACCUGAGGUGAGUCAUCAUUUUUAUUUUUACAAUAAAUCAGAUCUUGUUGGCACUCUGACAAAAGUCCCACUUCCAGAUGUCUUUUGGUGUGACACAUUUUUUUAUAAAAAUGCAAAAGAAAUGUUAUUAUUUUGUCAUAAUUAUAUGUAAAUCUAUGCUGCUUUGUUAUAGCUAGCAUGUUGUUAGUAUGCUAAUGUGUAGCUACAAGACUCAAGGUUGUGCUAAGUGCAGUAAACAUGUCUCGUAAACAUGACAUGUCUGCCUGUCACGCCAUAUGAUCUGAAUUGUAAUUCCCUGCAUAUAUAACAAUAAAUAACAAAGUCCAAUGUAUGUUUUGUCCUUUUAAACAUUUAUUUGGGUCAAACAUCACAUAAAAGCUGUAAUUAUCCACCAUCGAUUGUGUUUAGUUUAGUUUAGUUUUAUUCGGUGAUACAGAUUUCUAGUUCAUCAGACAGACACCGCAGAUCCCUUCACAGAAACCUUAGAAUGCUGUUUAAGUCUAAACAAUGUUGUCUUCAUCUCAAACCAUACAUUUCCUUUUCUUUUGUCAACUUGAGGCAGAUAUUGAUGACAAGUGCAGAGAGGACAAAGAGAUACAGGGAGAGAGUGAAUUCAGACCCUGCAAAGAGAGAGGAGUUGCUGAGGAAAAGAAAAGAAAAAUAUCAAGAAAAGAAACAGAAAGGGGAGAUGCCUAGAUUUAGGAUCCAGACUCUGCCACCGUCAAGAAGAGAGAAGCUGAGGGAGAUAUGGAGAAAUUCUCAAACAAAAGAUAGAGGCAAAAGAAGAAAUUUAAAUGCAUUACUCAACAUGACUCCCCCAGAUAUGAAGGAGACAUCCAGGUAGAUCCAGGUGAAGUCCCAGGUCUACGUCACCAGCACCAGCCCACACACUGAAAAGAUAAAGAAGCUGAAUAAAUCAUUAAGGAGACUGAAGGAUCAGAACAAAAGGCUUCAGAGAAAAGUCAGCAAAGAAAAGAAGAGGGCUGAGAAAUAUAGGAAACAAAGUGUGAGGCAAAACGUAACAAAACUAACAGUCAGAGAAAAAUCCAACUUGCCAGCCAGGAAAAAGUAAAAAAAUGAGAAAAAGGCUCAGGUGGAAUCCUUCCUGCUGUUAGAUGAAAAUAGCACUGUGCUUCCUGGGAAGAAGGACACAGUAGGCAGGAAAGAGAAAAGACAAAGACGAGUGCUGACUUCCUCACUAAAGGACCUUCAUAAGACCUACAUGCAAAAAUGUGAAAACAGACAGUUCAUAAGGUAUAAACCUUUUAAUGUCACAGAGGCUAGAUCCAGCGACCGCAACACAUGUGCCUGCUGGGAACAUGCCAACAUCUCGCUCCUAAGUGAUGCUCUUUCAAGCAGAGGCUUGAUCACGACAAGAACAAGAACUGGGUGAAGAAAAAGAAGAGGGGGACAGUGCUAUGCCACCAUUUCCCAGUCCUUGCCUCAUGAGCGUGCCGUGUGGGCACACAUCAAGCCAGUUAUUGAUGAUUUCCGAAGAAGACAUGAAAAUGCAAUCGACACCCUGCAUGUCCUCAGUGUGUCAACCCAGUCCCGGAAUCGAUCAAACUGCUUCCUCAUGAGCAGCAUUCCCUAUGCAUGGGGAUUCAAGAGGGUCACCUGGAACUUUUCAGAGCGUUCCCAUGGGAAGGGAGUGCUGAAGCGUAAGGCAGACAUGUAUGUCCUCGGAGGCAGUGACCUACAAACACCAAGGGAUCUGUAUGAGUAGUUACAAAAGUCCUCUGAAAAUGUCACCAUCAUGUGGAUUGAAGAAGAGCAGAUCUGCACCGUGGAUGAAAUGCUGCCUCCGUCAGUGCGUCCAGUGACUGGAAUCAGCAGUACACACCAAGUUCUGUCUUUUGCUCCAGGAAAGAUCUUAGCUGUUUCUGCCAGAAUCCAGGGAUGUGCACCUGUCACAAGCUGCACCAACCUGAGUUUGACCAUGUUUUCCCUGAUGAGGUGCCAGGUGACAAGACAAGUGAUGACGGUGGCCCAUCUGCUGAAGUGUCCUCUGUCCAACCUAGCUGGCCCACUGCAGAUUCCCGAGCCCAUGAUGGUGAUGCCUUCUUCUCCAUCCAGCUUGCCCACUAGAGAGCCCCAAGCCCACUCUUCUACUCAGGUGCUGUAUGCAGGUGCCCAAUCAAGUGCAUCAAGUGAAGAGGCCCAAGCUGAGGAUUCAGACACCAUUUCCUGAAGGAUACACGCAAGGACAGUUUGUCUUAAUUAAGUAUGAGGGAAAACCAUACGUGCGACAAAUUGUUGCCAUAAGUAUGGAGGGACUGCAGAUGAACUGCAUGAAACAACGUGGAGACAAAAAUGGUUUUGUCUGGCCAAAUAGGCGAGACUGCAUUUAUUAUCAAGAUCAGGAAGUUGUUUGUGGCUUAUCACAACCUCAGCAAGGCAGUCGGUAUGCUACUCUCUCCAAAUAUGACUGGCUUAUGUACAAUGGAGUCUAGAUGAACUGAUUUAUUUGUGGAUCCACUCAGCUACGCUGUAUGUUCACAGUUCAUAUGAUAUAAAAAAAUUGGUUGUUUUACUUAUAUUAAUACAUAUUGCAGACCAGUUUGGAAUUGAAAUGAAAUUUGAUAAACAAAGCUAUGUUCAUAUGGUUCAUAAAAUAUUAAAAAAAAAAUUGUUUUAUUGUUAAAUAUCAAAUAAAUCAAUAAAAUUUGAAUAUUGCCUUGCAGCAUUUAAGAGUGGUUAAAUAUUUCCUGCCAUAUGAGUGAUCAGUACUCACCAAUAAAUAGGAUAAUACAUGGUUUGCAUUGACACAUGCCGACAUUAUCAAAUUGUGAAAAUAACAUACCUUUAUUAAUGAUAAAACCUGAAAAUGUUCAUGGAAUACAUAGAAAAUAGUAUCAGAAUAAUUAAAUUGAUAAUUGAAAAUUUUGAAACAACAUAUGUUUCUAUAAAGAUAAGAGUUAGUAGAACAAAAGUCAACCAUUUUUAUGCCUGUUAUUUGAAAUUUCUGAAAAAAACACUUUUUUUAUGGUACAUAUGUCACUGACCCAUUUACAAAUUAUUAAUUAUUCAUUAUAUUAUCUUCUCAAGUUUAUAGAAACGAUAUGAUUUUUUUUUUAAUGGAAG